AUGUCUCCCCAGCGCCGGACAUCGGACUGGAGCUCGGGCAACCUGGCAUCCCCGCUUUCGUUUGUUGAAUUGAUGGCUUUGGAGCGACUCGACACCACCCAGACAUCAGACCGCGACCAUGAGCCAGAGAAGAUCGAACGAUUUCGUUCGCUUGCAGCGCCAUUCCCUCCUGCCGAAGGGACGCGUUCAUUUGGUGGGCACGUAUUCGCCCAGUCUGCCUAUGCCGCCUCCAAGACUGUCGGCAAAGGAUUUGUCGUCCAUGACAUGACGGGGUCGUUCAUCCGCGGUGGCCGACUCGAUGUGCCGUAUGUGUACACAGUCCGCCACAUUCGGGACGGGUACAUGUACUGCACACGCGCCGUGGAUGCCCGGCAAGAAGGCAAGAUCUGCUUUUCAUGUCUUUGCUCAUUCAAAAGAGAUGAGAAGCAGCGUACCUUCCACCACCAACCAUCAACUGCACAGGAGCGGUUCCGGUCAAUUCUCUCUGCGAAACGACCCGAGGACCAGCCCAUUAGCCCCAGUGUUGAUGCAGACUGGUGGAUUGAAAACGUGAAAGAGGGCAACAUCACCGAACGCGAGUUCCCUGGGCUCGAUGUGCGUAAGGUAGACAUGAAGGAUUACAAUCAGCCGCGAGAUAUCCAGGAACACCCUGAGAAAUACCGCCAAUUGGGCCAAUAUCGUCUUAAGGGCUCACCAGAUCAAGACCCGACAGCAACACUUGUUCAGAUCAAGGAGCGAGAGCAGACGGGCGAAUAUGACAACCUCUAUGCUUGUGCGCACAUGUACUCCAGUGACAAGAAUUCGCUGUUGCUGAUUCCACGUGCUCUUGGUAUCAAGCAAUGGUCAGAAAUGGCAAGUCUCACUCUCAUGGUUGUUUUGCACCAGCAUGGCGAGGCCCUGAGGAUGAUUGACUGGGAGGCAGCCUCGAGUGCUGAUGGGUCUAGCGUGCCGAUGAAGUGGUUUGUGCAGGAAGGUUGGACCCCCCAGUCUGCAGAGAACCGGGCAGUCCAUGAGAGUCAUCUCUGGAGCCCUGAUGGGACACUAGUGGCAACAUCUAUGCAGGACAGUAUGCUUCGGCUUCGAAAACCAGGGCGAGCAGGGAAUCUAUAA